AUGUAUCAACCGUUGAAGAGAUGCUUAGCUACUGUUGCGUCCCCAUCAGCAGAAGGAAGUGCAGUGAAUGCCAUUAAGGCUGCUCUAUUACUGACGCGUCAGCCAAUUGUGACGCCAGAUCUCACAGAGCUGGAGAAAGCGUACUUCAACUACCAGGAGGAAUUGGAACGUCGUCUCAUGUGGACUUUCCCUCACUAUUACUACUUCAAGAAGGGGUCCCUUUCAGAGCGUCGUUUCAUCAAAGCUCAAAAGGGUCCGGUUUCUAACCAGCCAAACAUCUUGUUCGAGAAGGGAGAGCCGGACGUUGUACACAACAGAGAGAGAAGACUGAAGCAGGAGGUGAGAAUCCCAAAGGAGGAAUACGAGGAGUCAAGUAUGUCUGAUAUCUCCAGACCUGUUGUGCCAAACUCCAGAAUCACAGACGCUGAUCGCGCAAACGAUAUCACUUCUUUGGAGAGAGCUUUACCAAGAACGCUACAUCUAUUGGUCAAUGAGAACAACAAGGGAUGGAAACUCCCAUCCUUUGCCCUUGCACAAGGCACAACGCUUCACAGAGCUGCGGAGUCUGGACUUAGAGAGCUUGGUGGUGACGAUAUUCAUACAUGGACCGUGGCACGCUCUCCAGCUGCAGUGCUAAAGUAUGAACAUGGUAAAUUAGUUGCACCGGAUGCCAAUUCUGACAAGCUGGAGAGAGAAUUCAUCAUAAAAUCACACAUCCUUGCUGGUGCAUUCAAACCACAGAACUUGGAGUACGCAUGGCUGACCAAGGAGGAAGUUGAAGAGAGAGUCAGCAAGGACUAUUUUGAGGCUACAGAGUUCUUGUUCUCUCGUGUUUGA